AUGUGUACAGCCUUUGCAUAUGAUGCUGUUUCAUUAUGUUCUUUAGGUGUUAUCCUUGGAGGACCGCUAGGUUGUGGUAUUGAUGGUUAUGGGCCAGGUAUUGGAUGGAGUUGGGGAUGGGGAUGGGGACCAAAUCCCUACGGUGGAUACUGGGGAAGUUGGAAUGACGUUAGUGGCUUUGGGAGUGUAAACAUCGAUAGUAUUGUCGGCGAUUUGUGUCAAAAAAACAACAAUUACGGCUAUGAUAUAAAUCAUAUUGGGGAUUUUGAAAGAGGAAACUUUAGUAACGGUACCAGUGAUGGCUGUGGUGAUGAUAAUUGCUGUGACGAUGAAUACUGUUGUGAUCAUAGUUGUCAAGAGAGUUGCUGUGAAGUUGGUUGCUGUGGAGAAGAUUGCGGUAAACAUGGUUGCUUUGGAACUGGUUGCUGUAAAAAUGGCAAUGGAGACGGCCGUCCUGGUGAUGACGGUGCGGAUGGUGGAGCAUGCGGCGGAGAUUGUGGUGGUUGUGGAGGUUGUGGUGGUUGUGGAGGUUGUGGAGGUUAA